CUUCUUUAAUAUCGGUUUGAUCCUAUAGUUGAUAUAACACGUGGACGUGAUCUUAUUCCAGCCAUGGUUUAUGGGAGGGAUGUUGGUGGACAAGAGUUUGGAGGCAUGUAUUGUGCCAUAUUAAUUGUCAACUCAUUUGUUGUAUCCGCUGCAAUCCUUCAAGUUUUUGGGCAAGAUAUUGCAGAGCUGCCAUUGGUUGCGACAAGUAAUGGUAACCAUGGCAAGGGCUACUUCCAAACAUUGUUUUCGUGCAUUGAGAGGCUGCUAGCUUUCUUGAAAGUCAAAUGCCUUGUUCUACCAGCUGCUGAAGAAGCGGAGUCCAUUUGGACUGAAAAAUUUGGUUUUGAGAGAAUAAAACCAGACCAGCUCAGCAGCUAUAGAAGAAGUUGUUGCCAGAUGGUGACAUUCAAAGGGACAUCCAUGCUUCAGAAAACGGUUCCGUCGUGUCGGGUUGUAGGUGCUCCCUUGUGACCAACCAUGGAAGGGUGUGAGGUUCCCUCUAAUCUCCCCCUUCCUCUCUCCAUUCCUCUCUUCCACCAUAUCAUUCUGUAGCUUUGUCUGUGUAUAGCUUACAAAGUUUUUCCUGUUUUUAGGAUAUUCAGUAAGGUGAGAGCAGUGGUAGGGUAGCUAAAUAUCCAUUUUAGUUAAUAUUACAUAUUCAAAUGUAGCUUUCUCGAACCUUCUCAUUUGCCCUUGCCCUUAUAUAGACGGUCUUGGUAGGUGAUGGUUUUAGGCAAAAACCACUAGCCAUUCUAAACACCCUUUUUCCCAUUCAUGCUUUGGUAACCCAAUGCGUGCUUGUGAAUAUUCAACUGCCUAAAUAUCCCAUGUGUUUAUAUAUAUAGUUCAUUGUGAGAUAGAUUUUAGGGGAUAAUUUUAUUAUUUACAAAUAGAACGACGGUUGCAAAUUUUAUUUGUUUAUUUAAUUUUCUAUUUUAGUUUAGCAAAUGUGGGGAUGAAGGGGUUAAUCGAAAGAACUUCAGAAACGGUAAUAUAGGGUGUCUUUAUCUUUUAAAAUGCUUACAUUAUCUUGCAAAUUCUAACUUGACAGGCAAUUGAUUAGGUUGGUGAAAUGUAAAAAAUGUCGGAAUGAUGGAGAGGUUACUUUGAAAUUUGGAAUGGGAAAGUGAGAUCUAAAAAUGACAAAUUUUACCAAGUUCUUAGGUAAACAAUACAAUUCUAAUUCUAAAAAGAUGAUUAAUACAUGUAUUUUUGAGUUCAAGUUAUUAAGUGCUAACUAUUGUUUUGCAAGUAUCUGGGUGCAUCUUAUAAUGGUGGCUCAACAUCAUCUAGUAGCCGAAUAUGGCAUCCCAACUAAGAAACCAAAUAUGAAAAUGAAAAACCAAAAAAGCCCUUUAGAUAAAUACAUGGAAGCCCAACUAAGAAACCAAAUAUGAAAAUGAAAAACCAAAAAACCCUUUAAACAAUAUAUGGAAGCCCAACUAAGAAACCAAAUAUGAAAAUAAAAAACCCUAAAAACGAUCUGUCAUUUUUGUGAUUUUUUUGAAAUGAAACGUUUUAAUUGGUCAUUUCCCUUUGUCACCCGAUAUGGCAACCCAACUCAGAAACCAAAUAUGGAAAAAGGAAAAACCCUAAAGACAUCUAUCAUCUUCUCCAUUUCCUCCCUCAGGUUCUUGUUUGAAACAACGGUAGAUUGAUCUCCAAUCUCCACCGCACUCCAUUCUUUGCAAGCCUCACCAUUCUUCACGGUAAAACUUCACAUUUACACUCUAUUCUUUUCUAUUGAUUUUAAUUUUUGCUCUUUUCUCUUACAGUUAGUAUUUUCAUCGUAAACAUAACAAUAAUGGUGGUUUCUGAUGUUGUGAUUCAAAUUCUAUCCAAGCUUCCACCACAAUCUCUUCUUCGAUUCAAGUCUGUUUGCAAAUCCUGGUAUCAUCUUAUCAACCAUCCUAAAUUUGUAACAAAACAUCUCUUAGAUUCUUUUCCCCAUAAACAUGUCCUCAUCAAACGUGCCCUCACCAACCACUCUGGCAAACAAGAACUUGUGUUCUCCAUCCUCAAAUUCUCUCUCAAUGGACCUGUGUUCUAUUAUGGACAUCAAUUUGACAUUCCAAGAGAUCGAUCCACUUUUAGAACUUUGUGGCCAUUCUCACGGCUUAGUUUGUCUUUCCGAUUGUGACGAUGCGUUCCUUGUUAAUCCUAUGACCAGACAGUUUCAUAAACUUCCACCAUCGAUUCUUAUCUUUCGUGGUUGCCAUCAUGACGAUCCUGAUUAUUACGCUGCUGCAGCAGUUACUAUCGGAUUCGGGUAUGAUACAAAAUCUAGCGAUUUCAAAGUUGUUAGAAUUGUGAGUUGUCGAGGACAAUCAGAAUCCAGGAUAAGAGUGGAAAUUUAUGAUUUGAGCAAAGAUAAAUGGAGAGAAAUUGAAGCUCCUCGUUUCUGUGGCAGUGCAUCAAGCACAUGUACAUUUGAUAUGUAUCACGAAGGAAUAUUUUAUUGGUGGGGAUACGGUGAACCAAGGAUUUCCGAAAAGGACCAUAUUAUAACAUUUGACAUGAGCGAAGAGAUUUUUGGUAAAGUUUCAUUACCGGAGAGCUACGAUGACAAAAAGCAUAAAAUAGUAUUAAGGGUUUUGAAUAAAUCCAUAGUUCUUUUUGUUUAUCCAUAUAAAAGUAACGAGACAAAUAUUGGAAUCUAUGAGACAAUUAUUGGAACUGAUGAGACAAAUAUUGACAUUUGGGAGAUGGAGAAGGAUGAAUUUGGCGUUGUUUCGUGGUCGAAGCUAUUGACGAUUGACCCUCCUUUUGGAGUUGAGCUUCCAUUGUUGUUUGUAAGCUGUGAAGAAAUGUUAAUGGAGUCCAGUGAAGGACAUGUGAUUAUGUAUAAUAAUAAAACUCAGCAGUUCAAAAAGCUUCCAAUAGAAGGGGAUGUAACUUAUGGAAAAACUCACAGAUUUGAAGCUCACGAUCUUUUCAUUAAGAGUUUGGUAUCAGUGGAAGGAGGAAAAGAUAUAAUCAAUUAUGAUUUUUAGUAUUUUCGAGUUUUACUAUUGUAAGUCAUAUUGUUUGAUGUAUGUUGUUUGAUUGAUAUGAGUUUUAGUAUUUUCCAAACUAUUUUAAUUAAUGUUUAGAUGGAGCAAAUGACGUUUGUUGCUUAGCUUUCACACAAUAAACUUGUAUUGUUUUUGGGUGGAA